AUGGAUGAAAAUUCCAGUGAAAACAUUCUACAGACUAUACAAGACAUAGAUAAAACUAUUUUACAGAUUUCAGAAUGUAUACAAAUUCUUCGAAAUGCCGAAAACAAAUUAAAUCUGAAAGAAAAUAAAACUUUGGAUGAGAUAACGACAUUUCAGAACUUACAAAAAACAAUUGGUCUACAACUAAAAGAAUUGGACGAAAAAUUUGAGCUUUCCAAUCAAUUAAAAAUGUCAGUGGUGGACCAUACAUACAAAUUGAUGAAUAUAAAUUAUGGUGGCACCGUAGAUCAAUUGAAUCCAGGAUAUCAAGAUCGAAUACCAAUUUUUGCUCAAAAUGUAAAUUCAUACUUUUAUAUUAUUAAAUAUUCACAUGACUAUUUAUAUUUUAAUAUUAUGGUUUUGCAACUGAUGGUUUGUAUCUUCGAAGACCCACAUACUGUUUGUCAAAAUAAUUGUUCAAUUCGAGAAUGUGGUUAUAACGGUGAUUCCAACUGUUGUAGUGCUUCUUCUAAUGCCUUAAAUAAAAAUACGUUAAUGUCACAAUGCUCAGACAGUUUUUACAACUCACAAGAAGUUUGUCAACUAAAAGAACAACUUCAAAAUAUUAUCAAUGAAAACCAAGAACUUCUUUUUAAAUACAAAUCUAUAACCGAACGUAACGAUUUAUUGGUAAAAGUUUUGAACCGUCCCGAAAUAUUUAAAAAAAUAGAAGGAUGCAUAAGAUUUCCCGGAAAGAAAGAAAUGGAAGAAAAACUUUCAGAAUUUAAAACAGAAAUAUUAAGAUUGAAUUCUGAGAUUAAAGAAAUACACAUAACUCAAUUAAAAUUAAAAUCAGCCAAAGAAAUUUUUAACCAAUUUAAUGCUACUAACUGUCAGUGUGAAAGUUUUACAUGUAACGAAAAUAUUAAUGCAAGUACUAAAGUUCAACAACAAGAAAUCCAACAAAUUGAAUUGCGGAUAAAAGAAAAGACUAAUGAGUUGAAUAAUAUUGUAUUUCAUUAUGAAAAUAUCGGUAAGACGAAUGAUAAUAUAAUUGAUGCUCAUAAGAAGUUAGCUGAUGAUUUAGUAGAAUUAUUGAAAAAGAUUAAAGAAAACGAUUUGAAUGGUUUCAAAGAUUUGAUAAAUAAUUUAAAUAAAAACAACGAAGAUAUCGAGACAAUGGAAUUGAUCAUCAAAGAGCGUGGUAAUGAAAUUAACGAUUGCAAAGAAAAGUUAAGACGAGUACAACUUGAAACCAAUGAUAUUACUCUAAAAACGAAAAAAUUGGAAGAUUCGAUGAAAAAUCUGUCAAACGAUUUCAAUGAAUCGUAUAAUAAAUUAGAAUUGGUUUACAAAGAACAGCUGGAGGAAAUGCUAGCAUUGCCAAAAGUUUUGAAAGAAACACACAUUAAACUACAAGAAGAGACUGACUUAAGAGUAUUGGCAGAGGAAACAAUGUAUAAGCUUGAGUACGAUAUCAAACAGGUGGAAAGUUUGAAAAUUCAAAAUGAAAACGACGAUGAAAAAAAGAAUCAAACAAUUAAAGACGAACAAUUAAAAAUAGAAGCCGAAAAUAAAGUUAUUGAGAGUAAGUUAAAAUCACUUGAACAAAAUGUUGAGUUAGCUAAAGAGUGCAUAGAUAAAGAAACUCAGGAAUUAAAUGCAGUAAAUCUCCAAAUUCAAGACGCUAUUGCAGAGAGCUCAAAACACAUAAACGCAUUCAAACAUUUUUCAGAAAUACAUUUGGAAAGAAUAGUUAGCGACUUAAGUAAAUUAAAAGAAAUUUGUACGGAAUCACAACGCAGAGAGUGUACGAAAUUUCUCGCUAAAAAAUCGUUUAUGGAUCUUCUAAAAGAUCGCAUAACUUCGAUUAACCAGAACGUGGAGACAUGCAAGCUAGAAGUCCGUAAUAUUUUGGAACAACCAAACUAA